AUGCAACAACUGGGUGCAAUGUACCUUGUUUGUCACGGCAAGCAAGACCGCGAGCAGCCUUACAACUCACGUUUCUCUAUGAUACACAAACCUCUCACGCUGCUUGAUGCCAUGGAGAAUGAUGCUCCCAAAGCUGAAUUUGCAUUCCUGUCUGCAUGUCAUACAGCUGUUGGCGAUGAGGAAACGCCUGACGAAGUCAUCUGUCUCGCAGCUGGUUUGCAGUUUUCUUCAACGUUCAAGAGCGCCAUUGGCACUCUG